CUGGGACCCAGAGGUGAAGUCCCAUCAGCCCCCGCGCGCACCCUUCCCUCUCUUCCUCGGCGCUGCCUUACGGAGGUGGCAACCAUCGCCCGCCUGGCAUCAUGGCUGCUCUCAGACCCCUUGUGAAGCCCAAGAUCGUCAAAAAGAGGACCAAGAAGUUCAUCCGGCACCAGUCAGACCGAUAUGUCAAAAUUAAGCGGAACUGGCGGAAACCCAGAGGCAUUGACAACAGGGUGCGGAGAAGGUUCAAGGGCCAGAUCUUGAUGCCCAACAUUGGUUAUGGGAGCAACAAGAAAACAAAGCACAUGCUGCCCAGUGGCUUCCGGAAGUUUCUGGUACACAAUGUAAAGGAGCUUGAAGUGCUGCUAAUGUGCAACAAAUCAUACUGUGCUGAGAUUGCUCACAACGUCUCUUCCAAGAACCGCAAAGCCAUUGUCGAGAGAGCGGCCCAACUGGCCAUCAGGGUCACCAAUCCCAAUGCCAGGCUGCGCAGCGAAGAAAAUGAAUAGACAGGAGUUCUGGUUGUGGCUCAGCAGAUUAAGCACCCAGCUAGUAUCCAUGGUGAUGCCAUGAUCCCUGGCCUCAGUGAGUUAAGGAUCCAGUGUUGCAACGAGUUGUGGCAGAUGUGGUUUAGACCCCAAGUUGAAAUGAAUAGUGGGCUCGUGUGCACAUUGUUAUGUGUUAAUAAAACCAUGAAACUUG